AUGGCCCGUAGGAUCGCGCUGAUCCUCCUUGUCCUCGGUCUCCUGAUCGUACCGUCGCUGUGUCGACCCAACGCUUCCGUCAGACGGGUGGUUUCGGCAUCAGCGGCUUCAUCACAAGGAAAUGAACCAGAGGAGGAUUCCGGGACGGGGGACGGGGAGGGGAACGGGGAAGGGGUAGGGGAGGCGAUGGAAGGACGAGCCAUGGAUCCACUGGCAACGGGUACUCAGUGCAAUGUCACCGGCGCGUGCCUUAUCUGCACGGAGCAGCAGAAGGUGGAGGACCCCGCGUGCCAGCCGACUGGCUACCGCCAGGCCAUCUCCUGUAUCGAGCGCUACAGCGGCGCCGUCUCCUCUCUCCCCUCCGCACGCGCCCGCUCUGCCGGCGCUACCAAGCCCCGCGGGGGAGUGGUGCGGGGCCCGCGCCAGGCGCGCGGAGAGGCGGGGGGAAGGGGGUCGGGCAAGGGGAGGGAGGAUGGCGGGGAGUUGCAGGAGGGAGGGGGAGAGGACGGGCCAGGGGAAGGCAGAGAGGCGCAGGAGAUUAUUCCUGAUGGGCGCAGCGGACACAGUGAAAGCAGUGGGGGCAGUGGGAGCAGUGGGCGCAGAAUUCAAGAAGAAACGGAUGGGGCGAGAGGUAGCAAGGGAGCUAGUGGUCCCCAAAGUGUUGGUAGCCGUGAGCAGCAGGGAGUGGACGAGACGGCUGGUGGGUUGUCUGCGAGUGUUUCGAGGAGGGUAAGACUGCAAGAGGAAAUAGUUGUGGCGCAGGAAGGCGAAUACAGGGAAGGAAUGCUUACUGUGGGGACGAAAGAGGGCAGUGGGGUGGGACUUUCAGGUUCUGCUAGAGGAGCAGAAGUGGUGGAGGAUGAGAGACGUGAGAAGUUUGAAGUGGCCCCAGGAUGGGGGUCAGAGGAGGGGAAGGUGUUGCUGAGGCGAUUACUGGGGGAGGUGAGAACGGUGCAGGUGGCUGGGCGGGUGAGCAGCAUGGAAGCCAGCGCGGAGGAGGAAGGCGCCAGAGGCAGCAGCACUGGCAGCGGCGGCAGCGGGGAGGAGGUGGGGAAAGAGAGGAUGAGGCGCUUCCUCACGUACGAGUCAUGCAAGCCUGAAGUGGAGACUCUGUCGGUGCUGGGCUUUGAGGGCAUCAUGCUGGCAAUACUGGCAGUAUGCGGUCCCAUCGUGUACCAUCGCAAGAGGAAGGCGGGCAUGCAAGCAGGCACUGUGCGCCUCUCUAACUCUAGCAACCGCUUCUAG